GUAACCAUAAAAUCGCACUUGCGAUAUAUUUAUAUUAUUUAAAUAAUUUAAUUCAAUUUAGGUUUCAACGCUCUCGUGUACAAAGAGCUAUUUUUACAAUUAGACCAAAGAGCUCUUUUAUUUUUCAUGUUUUUAAUGUUCAUCUAUUAAUUUCUCAAAAGAUAUGAAUUUUAAACGUAAAAUACUUGGUUAAAUCUUUGGACUAUGCUUCAAUAGAGCUAGAGCUUGAUGAGAGGUGGUAAAUAUUUAACUGGUCAUGCGCGCCAUCCUCGUGGGUCUCUUGAAGGAGGAGGAGAUACCUAUUAUGGAAGGGGAGAGGGUAGUCUAGUCAACACGAAUGAACUACUCGAAAAGGAAAAAAAAAAUAAAAAACAAAAAAGGUCUUUCAUGUGUCGAAGAUACAUAGGCCAACCCUCAUCCGGGAAGGCCAGUCUCUCCAUAAAAGCAGCUCCAGCGCUUAAGCGAUCAACGCUUUGUGACAAGUCGCGGUUUGAAGUGUUUGAAGGAGAUGGCCGUGAUUAUGUUUGGAGGAAACCCGAAGAAAAAUAUAAUGUUGAUUGUUUAGUUCCAACCUUUAAAUCAGACCGUAAGGGUGACAUGAUGAUAACGCUCAAAUUCAUCGUGCAAGAUCAACUUUGCGUUGGAUUUCAGAUAAUAAUAUUGAUCAACUUCCCUGGCCCCGAUUUAAACCCAAUUAAAAAUAUUUGGGAUGAAUUAGAGCGUCACAUUCGUAGGCCAAAAAACGAGGUUGAAUUAUUCAAUUUGUUGGAGGAAGAGUGGUUUGUCGAAGGUACGAGCAGACGUGUCCAAGCUGUAGUUAAGGCCAAAGGGCGUCCUACCAGAUAUUAAUAAAUGUAAAUGAAAGUUUAUUACGGGUUUUCAAUAAAAAAAAUUUAAACAUAAGUAAGUUGUUGAGAAAUUUCAAAU